UAGCGUGCGUCGGAAGCGAGCGGGCAAGUCAGAGAAGCGCGGAGGCGCCGACGGGAGAGGAGGGAGGGGGAGAACAGCUCGCGCUCCGUCCGUUUGUUUCGUCCGUUAAGGCCGCGCUGAGUCGGUCACUUCGCCGUCGAGAGGCCUUUUUUCCCCCCGUCCCCCGGAGCCCUUUUUAUUUCGGUAGUAGUCCAGAAACGUAGCAAAAGCCCGGAGGCGACCGGCGCUCGACCCAACGUCGACGACUCGGGGAGGAGGAGGGGGGGGAAGGCCCGCGCCGCCGCCGACGACGACGACGACGAACGCCGCCGCCAUCAUGGAGGAGCCCGGCCGCUUCUACAUGAUGUCUUCCUUCAGCCAAGCGGCGCGAGAGCGAGAUGACUUUGGCCAGAAGAGGAGGAAGAGAAGCCGGUGGAGCAGUGAGACCCCGGAUCAGAAGACCAUUAUCCCCGGAAUGCCCACUGUGAUCCCGCCCGGCUUGACACGGGAGCAGGAGCGAGCUUACAUCGUGCAACUACAGAUCGAAGACCUCACUCGUAAACUGCGUACAGGAGACCUUGGUAUUCCCCCAAACCCUGAGGACAGGUCUCCCUCCCCCGAACCCAUCUACAACAGCGAGGGCAAGCGGCUCAACACCAGGGAGUUCCGGACUCGCAAGAAGCUCGAGGAGGAGCGACACAAUCUCAUCCAGGAGAUGAUCGCCUUGAACCCUGACUUCAAGCCUCCCGCCGAUUACAAGCCACCAGCCACGAGGGUCAGUGACAAAGUGAUGAUCCCUCAGGAUGAGUAUCCCGAGAUCAACUUCGUGGGACUGCUGAUUGGGCCCAGGGGAAACACGCUGAAGAACAUCGAGAAGGAAUGCAACGCCAAGAUCAUGAUCCGGGGGAAGGGCUCUGUGAAGGAGGGGAAGGUGGGCAGGAAGGAUGGGCAGAUGCUUCCAGGGGAAGAUGAACCUCUGCACGCGCUGGUCACAGCCAACACGAUGGAGAACGUCAAAAAGGCCGUGGAGCAAAUCCGGGGGAUCCUGAAGCAGGGCAUCGAGACCCCGGAGGAUCAGAACGACCUGCGUAAGAUGCAGCUGCGGGAGCUGGCGAGGCUCAACGGUACCCUGCGGGAGGACGACAACAGGAUCUUGAGGCCCUGGCAGAGCUCAGAGCCGAGAAGCAUCACCAACACCACCUUAUGCACCAAGUGCGGAGGAGCAGGUCACAUCGCCUCCGACUGCAAGUUCACCAG